CUUCUCCGUUGAUGGUAGUCUGACCGGAGAAAGUAACGAAGAUGGAAGGAGCUGAUGGUGUUGAAUUAUUAAGGAGAUAUAUGGACUAGCGGAGGGUUAGCCUUUCACUAAAAUCUUUGGAACGACGCAGGACAUUAAUACCAGGAACCUGACGGAUAGCAUGCCAGUCUCAUCAUCUUCACCAAGCGUGAGGAUGACGGAAGCAAUGGUUGAAUAUUUUCUUGGCAGGUUGAAGCAACUCCACUGCAGAUGAGGGAACAUGUUGGCUAUGGACCAAGGAGUGGUGGAGGAAUGGCUGUCAGAAUUUAAGACCCUCCCUGACAGUGCAAUCUCCACCUAUGCCGCGUCACUUAAAGACAAAGGUUCCCUGAUACCUGCGCUCUACAAGGUCAUCCGAGAAAACUACAGCGACCUGCUGGAGCCAGUUUGUCACCAGCUUUUCGAGUUUUACCGGAGCGGUGUGCCGCAGCUGCAGCGUUUCACACUGCAGUUCCUGCCAGAGCUCCUAUGGAGCCUUCUGUCCGUCAGCGCUGCCAGAGACCCCCACACAUCCGGCUGCAUUGAGGCACUGCUGCUGGGCAUUUACAACCUGGAAAUAGUUGAUAAAGAUGGACAAAGUAAAAUAUUAUCUUUCACCGUCCCUUCUCUUUCCAAACCCUCAGUGUAUCAUGAGCCAUCAGCCAUCGGCUCCAUGGCUCUUACAGAAGGAGCUUUAGCCAAUCACGGGCUGAGCAGGGUUGUGUAUAGUGGGCCACUCCUCCAGAGAGAGACUUUUACAGCACAAAACAGAUUUGAGGUGCUGACCUACCUGCUGCUGUGCUACAACGCAGUUCUCAGCUACAUGACCGCCACCUCCCUGCAGUCCCUCUGUCAGCUUAGUUCCAGGGUGAGUAUAUGUGGUUACCCGCGGCAACAGCUGAGGCGCUAUAAAGGCAUCAGCACACGACUCACUGUCACUUCAGAGUUCUUGGUUCAGCUCAUAACAGGGAUCCACUAUGCCUUGUGCAAUGGUGAAGUUGAACUGGGAUCCAAAGCACUGGAUGACGUCCUGUAUCGAGCCCAGCUGGAGUUGUUCCCUGAGGCUCUGUUGGUUGGUAAUGCCAUCAAGUCUUCACUACACAGCGCAGCACUGAAAAGCAACAAUAGGGAGGGUGGUCGGAGUAUCCAAGUGGAGAUUACACCCACUGCCUCCAGGAUCUCCCGCAAUGCUGUCACCUCCCUCUCUAUAAGAGGGCACCGCUGGAAGAGACACGACGCAGUGGAUCUGGGUUCCCCGGAUGAGCUGAUGGAUAUAUCCGAGGUGGAUGAAGGGGUUUGGCCGGGAGCAGUGGGGCCUGACAUGACCCCGCCCACCAUCACUAUCAGCAACAGCACCACCACACUGAACCUGGGAGUUAAGGCCAUGAAGAAGUGUCGGCUUGGAGGGCGCAGCAGCAAGGACAAGGAGUCUGGGCCUCUCACAACGGGUCGGGCCGCGAGCGAGAACGCAGAGCUCUCUGUCAAGCGGCUAACCCUCACUUCCAGUCAGUCGGUGCCCAGGGCGGGCGCUCUCACCAGCCUGACACGCACUGCCAGCGCCGUCUUCUCCCGUUCCUUCGAGCACGUGGCCAGCAGCAACCCAGCUCCCACCAGCAACCACACAGCUUCCGAGGCAGGCCACUAUUGCUGCAGCCUGCAGGAGGAGAGGAUGGGGUACUUGAGUCCCACGCCAAACCACACCCACCGCUCCCCAAGCAUUAGCAUUCACCUCGGCUCUGACCUUUGAACCUUUUUAGACUAUUUAAUCGUAUGAACCCUCAUCUCUGAUCCUGUGAUCUUGUGACCCUGUACCUGUGAUCUGGAACUCCAAGCCAUGCCAACUGCAUUCGACCACAAAAGUGUGAAGAAAUACUCCAUCUGUUUUCCUCCAUCACUCCUUUUCAGGCGUUUCUGAUUCUCUGUGCUGUAAACCGGCUUGUCUUCUUGCUUCAUUCAAACAUCCAGAGCCAGCUCAGUGAAUGGUGGGGGGAGGGCAUCGGGUAUACGGCUUUCAGGUUUCUUAUUUUACUUUUUUAUUUUUAUUAUUAUUAUUAUUUUUGGGUUGAAGUCAAGGCAGGACAUCAGUCUGCUGUCAUGAAUAGAUGCACUUAAAAUGAUAACAAAAAAGAUGUGUGAAAAAUUAUUACACCUGCGUUUGUUGCCCAGUUUCCCAUUCAUGCCCCUUUGUUUGUGGGCAGGUGUACUGUAUGUGCGAGCGUGCAUGUGUGUGUGUUUGUUGUUUUUUUUAAAACGGCUGCUGAUUGCUGCAGUGAGCAAAGUGUGAUUAUCUUAGUUGAAAUAUGUGUUUCUACUACUUUUAUAAUACUAGUUAAACACCUCCCAUAGCAAUACAGAUAACUUCUAAUCAGUAUUUUUAUGUUUCUGGGCUGAUCACUCCAACUUCUGUCCGCUUUGGACAGCAGUUUUAAACGUGCUUCUGAAAGUUCUUGAUUCUUCCUGAACUGCGUUAAAAGCAAGCCAUUAAAUAAUCAGCCAGUAUGAAUAGAAUCCGGUCUUCUGUUUACAAUCACACGGUAUUCUCACCGUGACGGAGAAGCAAUACUUUCCUUCCUCCUCGCUCCUUUAGCACCUUCCUUAUUACAUGCCGUGUCACAGACGGCGCCACUUAUGAUCCGACUUCUUAAAGACGACGAAGAUGAUUUACAUUUUUGGGGUGGUGGAUAUGAAUGAUUGAGUACUGAAUUUUGCACAAAGAAGAACUAAUCAGUUGUUGGGAACUUUAGUAUUUUCAUACGAACAAGAGGUUUUGACGCUUAAAUUGUAUUUUUCCCCAGAAAGGACAUGCAUUGUUGCUCUAUAAAGACUCCCAACUUCCCAACUUUUGUGUGAUGCAACGGCCACAUACGGCAGCAGAUUGUUUAGAUUCAACGGCAAACUCCUUUCUGGUUAUCCCUAAACUGUAAGUGUUCAGCAAUGCCAGCAAGGCAUCUUUUGUGUUUUCUAACCCACCAUUUCAGUUGUUUGUAAUACUAAAGUGAUGUAAUUCCUGCCUCCCUUCCUGUCCAUUACUUCAUCCUCAUGUCACAAGACAUGUUAAUACCAAGAAAUGAAUGAAACUCCAACCUUCUGUUAUAUCUGAUGUCCUAAAUGAAGCGAUCGUGCUGCUCAGCCCUCAAGCGGUCGGUUUACUUAGUUGUUGAGUGUCUAUAGCUUGGUGGGACGAUACCAAUCAUGUUUCUUUGUAUGUGGGUUUACAGUAAAAUGGUUAAGCUAUCCUUGUACAACAUCCUGUUAUACUAAAAUUGGUUAUAUUUGCCUUUCUAUGUCUGAAAAUAACACUGCUACAAAUUCUGGAAAUAAAGUGUUUCUAUAUUUCA